UAGAGGGCGUAGAAAACAUUUCUAUUUCAAAAUGGCGGACGACGUAGAAAUAAAGUCAGAGUCGUGGAUUAGUUUAAUUAUUUCUGAAAUCGUCUACAGUCCAAUAAAUUUAACUUUAUUAAUGAUCUGUGUUAUAUUAAUAUACAAGUUAUGGCCUGGAAAAGAAUCAAGCUCGCAAUCAUCAGAAAAUACCGAAUUACCGCCUCUAAAGAAGCAGGAUAUGACAUUGGAAGAAUUGAAGAAAUAUGAUGGGAAAAAUAAAGAUGGAAGAAUUUGUGUAGCUGUUAACGGAAAAAUCUUCGACGUCACUCGAGGAAAAAGAUUCUAUGGUCCAGGUGGUCCAUAUGAAGCUUUUGCUGGUCAUGACGCUUCUCGUGGUCUUGCUCUAUUUUCUAUAGACACAAUCAAAGAUGAAUAUGAUGAUCUUUCAGACCUAAAUACAAUGGAAAUGGAAAGUGUGAGAGAAUGGGAAAUGCAGUUUACAGAUAAAUAUACACUAAUUGGUCGACUUUUAAAACCUGGAGAAGAACCAACAGAUUAUUCAGAAGAUGAUGAGGCUAGUCAAGAUCAGAAUCAGAGGGGGGUGGAAGAAAACACAGAACAAGUUGAUGAAACAAAGGAAAAUAAAAAAGAAAUUUAAAAAUUUUUUUAAAUGACUGAAAAAUACCCUGCCUCUGUCCAAUAAUGAUAAUAUAGAAGGUGAAAUGGAUAUUUUGAUGGCAUUUUUUUAAGAGACCAAAAUUCUGUUAUAUAGUAAAAUAUUGACCCAAAUUAAUUUUUUAAGUUUUGUGAAGUUAAAAUUUAAACAUUCUGUUUUUGUAUAAUUCAAUAUAUUAAUUUCCUUACUUGACAGAGACACCAACAGAUACAAAUUUUUCUAAUUUUUACUAUCAAUUUUGCUACAGUGCCUGUCAAAAUUAAAAUAAAAUUUCAAAACUAUGAUUUCCUACAUAUUGAAGGAUAUUUCAAAGUUUUCUCUGAAAAUUUUUUACAAGCAUAUGUUUAUUUUAUGUUUAAUUACUGUGAUUUUUGUAUAAUUUCAUAUUAUGUUGUGCUCUUUCUGAGACUUGUAUUCAUCUUUAUAUAUGAAAUUUUCUAUAAUUCUCUAUUAUAAUACAAUAUGCUAAUUUUUUACAAUGGGUUAAGGGUAUUGUAAAUAAUUUACUUCUGCAUUAUAUAAAAAAAGGUAUAUUCUGGAAUUUAUUGUCACUUUGAGAAAUUUCAUGUAUUUGAGCAAUUUCUUUCUCAUAUUUUUCUAUGGUGCUAAAAUUUAACUGAGACUUUUUAACCUGAAAUUGGUAUAUAUAUAUAUUAAAUUGUUAAGAUGUAAUUAUAGUAUUUUCAAAUAAUUAAAUUGUUUUGCAGCUAAAGUUUUGGGGAAUAUUAAAAAUUUAAAAGUACAAACACAAAACUGCAUAGAAUUACAUUUCCAGUUAUAUUUUGUUAUUUAUGUAUGUUUCCAGUAUAAUUUUUGCAAUCAAAUUUGUUAUGCAUUGAAUAUUUUGCAUCUGUAUGUGGAAAUAUUUUACUAGUAGUAUUUUUUUUUUAAUAGAUCUUUUGAAAUGUUGUCCUUACACUUUAUUGAGAUAAAAAAAAUAAAUAGUCCUUUGGAUUAUUUUUGCAAUAUUUUUAUAUUUAUUCUGAUUAUAGUAGUAAUAUCUUUAAAAUAUUUUAAUCAUUCACAUUUAAUUUGU